AUGCGUCGGAUGCGGGUUUUUCACUUCUCAUUGUUCUGCUUGUUGCUUUAUGCAAUCCCGAUAAACACGGCACAAAGAAGUUCCCUUCUUCACCCCGAGCAUCCACAUGUGAACUCUGUAGCCUAUUUAAACUCGUCUAGCAUUGAAGCCUUUCAAAUUAUCAAUUCUUUGUCCUCUUGUCAAUUCCACAGUGGUCCCGUCCCGUGCGAGUGUUUCCCGAUUGAGGGUGACUAUGGACUUGUGCAGAAUGAGAGUACGCUGCUUACAUUCACCGUCGGACCUCCAUCAAUCUCGAUCAUUAUCCCAAAAUCUCCGAUCGCGCUUUUGACCGCAAUCUCUAUCGAGGUCAAGCCGCGGCUUUGUCUACAACAAACACACCAAGUCCAGCUAUGGCACAGAUCCAUCGAGGUCUUGCCCGAGAGCGAGGAUCCGUGGACGAAAAUCGACGAGCGAGCGAUUGCUCUCAAAGAUUCACCGGAAAAACUCAAUUUUGAAUGUGAGAUCAUCUCGCGAACCGGCCUUUACCGGGUCGACGUCGUUGGACCGAUGAAUGUGACGGUUACUACGAAAGAACAAAUCUUCGUCAAUCACUCGAAAGAAGCGCUUCUUGAGUUGAAAUUCGGCUCAAUCUUUCCCCAUUGUUCGGAUGAGUACCACGUGAAAUGGACGAAUCCUAGCUGUGUCAAAUCGAAUCUCCAAUUUCGGCUUCGUUUACUAGCGGUGCCUGAGGGGAAUCCCGAUCAUUUGGAGGAGAGAGCGAUCUACGUUGAAGAGAUUGGUCUUGAUCCGGGUGAUUCGUCUCUUUCCCUUCCGUGUUCUCAAUUCGAUAUCCUCUAUGAACAAUAUUGCUUCGAGUUGAUCUCACUGGAGCCUCAAAGCGAGCAAUUUCAUCAAUGGGACGUCAAAUGUGUGCAUACAGAACCGGUCGAAUCGGUGCACGGCGGUUGGACCUUGUGGUCAUCGUGGUCAAAAUGUGAGGGAAAGUGUGAGAAAGGUGUCCGAAUGAGAGUCCGUUCUUGCGAGUCGCCACGCCCGAAACGCGGGAAAACAUGUUUGGGUGAUGUGAUGCAACGAGAGAUUUGUCCUUUACCCGAUUGUCCAGAUGUCGACUUUUUGAUUAAAGAUGCAACGAAUUGCACUUGCGGCUGCGUUUUGGAGGCUGAAAGAGGAACUUUCUAUGCAACAAAGCCUGCAAAAGAAUGCAAAGGCAAUUUGACAUGGGAAAUCGCAUCGAAGAAAGAUCAACUCAUUGAUAUAAUCUUUGUCAAAGAGGGACAACCACAUGGAACACUUCAUCUGCAUCAGAAAGGGACAAAUGAGAAACUUUUAUGGAGUUCGGGGAAAUCUUUCGAAACCUCACUCACAAAGCGACUCGAUUCAAAUCUCUUUUUCCGUUAUGCCAAUGAUGAAUCAAAAGAAAAAGAUGAUAUUGAAGAGAAUGCGAACAUUUUGCGACCCGGCUUCACCGUAAUCUAUGCAAAAAGAAGUGAAGUCCUCCCAUUGGCCCUCGAGCAUGAGCCGUGUCAACCAUUUUGCUCUCAACAUCUCAUCAUUGGCGGUGUCUGCCUCGUUCUCCUCACUCUCAUCCUCAUCCCACCAUUUGUUUGCGCGUCAAUUACUCGACGAAUCAAACGAAACGAGACACCCACUUUGCCGUUAAUCGAUAAACGUCCAAACAGCGAGAUGAUCCGCUCCGGGAACACCGAUCUCACCCAAGUGAGCGCGCCGAAAUUCGUCGCCAAACGGAGCAUCGGCAUUCAAUUGAGUGCACACGGGACACCGAGAACCGGUCGAGCCACCGCCGACACUCCGUUACCUUUUGGGUCCUCGUCGGCUUCUGUGCUUGACGAAUUGGAAUAUGAUGAUUACGACGGAACUCGAGAUCCCGGUUCUCUUUUGGCUCCGCCACUCGUCGAACCCUACUCAACAAUUGAUAUCGAACAAAUCAUCGCCGAGGCUCGCAAAAUCGUCGAUCACGUCGACAAAAGUGAUGCGCACACACAAGUCGGCAAACUU